AUGUUCGUGAAGGAAAAGAAGAAUAAGCAAAACGAUGAACAGCAAAAGUCUAUCGACCAAUGCGAACAAGUUCAGAUCAUGAGCUCUUCGAAAGAUUCUAUUGAAAACGAAAUGGUAAAAACCAUGGAUGAGAUCAAUAAGAAUUUAGAUUUGAUUCGUGAUAAACAGGGCAUGGUAGCAAAUACAAAUGCUGCUGAAAGCAUGACUAAAAAAGAAGAGAUUCUUCACAAUAUCAGUCUGAUCAACGCUUUAUUAGAGGACAAUAAAUUUAAGAUCGAACAACUUAACAAACAAUCGAAAAAAUUAGGUAAGGAAAACAGCGCUAUGAAAAAAAUAGCGAAACAAACCAAGGAGCGUAUCGAAAAACAAGAGCAGGAAAUUGCCAUGUUAAAAGAGCAAUUAGCGCAGGCAGAAUUUAAAAUCGCUGAUUUGAAUAACAAAUUAGAUGAGUCGCAACUGGCUAAUGAAGUACUUUCUUCUGAAAAAGCUUUAUUAACCGAGACCAAUUCGAAACUCGAUAAAGACUUAAAUAAAGCUUAUUUUACUUACGGCACCUAUAAAGAAUUAAAAGAGAAAAACAUCGUUGAGAAAAAGGGUGGUUUCCUUGGUGUA